AUGUCCGCCGCCAAGACCAAGGCUCAGAACCUCAUUAAUGAGAACGGCGUCGUCGUCUUCUCCAAGUCUUAUUGCCCUUACUGCAAGUCUAGCAAGGAUUUGUUGGAUAAGCUUGGUGCUAAGUAUGAGUUGCUUGAGCUCGAUCAGAUCGAUGACGGCUCUGCCAUCCAGGCUGCUCUCCAGGAGAUCUCCAACCAGCGCACUGUGCCCAACAUCUACAUCAAGCAGAAGCACAUCGGGGGUAACUCCGACCUCCAAGCUAUUGCUGGCCAGCUCCCUGCUCUGCUCAAGGACGCUGGUGCCCUGUGA